AGUGUUUUGUUUCUUGUUCGACAAAAUAAUUACGCACGCAGCUUAUAUGCUGAAACUGUCAGCGAUGACUGUAGGACAGUGUAACGGAGUAAAGUUCCGAAGUGACCGGCAAUGGAAGUUUUCAUGUAUGUUCAAGUUAUACAGCAGAUGAGAUAGCUACGUACAUAUUCUCAAAUAGCUUUGAAUGAGUAAAAUGAAUGCAAUCGAAAAGUACAAGACAGGACAAUUUCAAGACACUUAAUUUAAAAUCUUAGAAAACUUAAUCGAGGUUUAUGUUUCCAAGAUUUUCACAAUCGAGUAGUCUUCAGUAGUCUGGUGAUUUGAUUCAGCUCCAACUCAGAAUCAGAACUAAAACGAUAGAAGUUUUUUUCUGAUAUCGACCAGGGCAAUUUACCUAGAAAACACCUAAAAACCUCAAUAUUUAUCAUGUCAGUCAAGUUGCAUACUGCUCGUUUCUGUAGAAACUUCAGUAGCUUUCAUACGUUCCUCCACCGCUCUGUGUAGAGACUUAAUUAUCAAAACACGAUUCAAACAUCCGAACCAAAACAGUUUAUUUUCGGAUAUGGGUUCGUUGUAGCAGCCAAAAACUGAAAUGAAAGCUUGUUUCCAUCUCGUCACAUCCAUCAACUAAAGCGCAAAGCACUCUCAAUCGAUGGGUACUACAGUGGCUUCCCGUAUUGCUCGGAUGUGCUGAAUGAAGACCUCCCAUCUGUGUCUCCAUUGCUGCAUUCAGAACACCAUGCAAUCUCAAUCAAGUCGCACAAAAUCAGCCUCCAGUGUACCAGUCAGUGUACAUCAGUGUCGCACACAGUGUGCGACGAAGGAUUGCUCGCUACACAACGAAACGUAUCGUUGUGUACCGCACAAUGGUGCGUACCAACACACGCGCGCUCAUGAUGGUAGUGCUAGUGGUGAAUUCCAUUCUCCUCGGGUGGUGAAUCAGGGACCUUCCUUUGCUGUCUCUUUGGCUGGUUCUCUCUCGUUCGUUCGUUCGUUGCGUUGGAAUUGCGAUUGGUCGGUGACCGAGUCGGCGAGAGCGGGACGCCAUCAUCAAAUGCAUUCGGUUCACUCUCGCAGCCGAGAUGAGUCCCAGCCUGCCAGCCUGCCAGCAGCCGCCCGUCCGAGAGGGUAUGAGAUUGGAUAAUGUGUCGUUAAUGUCGGUACCAAUACACGCGUGCAGUGCCGUGUUCCGUCACGCAAGAGGAGGAUGUGUGUUUAAAGUUUAGCUGGGUACUUCAGUCGAAUAUUGUUUGAAAGCCAAAUAGUAGUUAUUCCCCUCUGCAAACAGUCACAUCUUGUUAUUCAGGAGAGGCAAGCAGACAAAGUUUGUUCAACAUUAUAAUAUAUAAACAUAAUAUAAUAAUAAAGCACCCGCGCGCGCGAGCUGACGCGUUUUCCUCGGGAAUUCGAGGGCGUCGCCGAUUAGGGAUUUUCCUGGUGGACGGACGGCGAGAUUUUCCAAGCGGGAUUAUCGAGUAUUUUGGAGCUAUUUGCGUGAGUCUCGUGGAGUGCGAUUUUGUAUGAGCGUGCGGCAGUGGCUCCACGGGAGGCGGGAAUACAAGAGUGCUUUGAGUGAGCAGCCCUACCGAAGGAUCUGCUGGGGCAUAUGUGUGAAGUGUUUUCGUGAAAAUUUCGGACAUUUUUCAAACACUUAUGCAGCAGCUCGGUGGACACUCGUCGUGUGUGAGGCAAGAACGAGCACUGGAACCGUCGUCGCCGAGAAGCUGAACCGUCACGCACGCACUGAAUACGCACGUAGUGAUCCUUGCUGGUGGUAGUGAUUCACCGUCAGAGAGUCCUUCAGAUUGGGGCAUCGGGUGCUUCGGAUGCCAUAUUACCAUCUCGCGUGGCCCGGAGAGAAGCGCACAUAUUUGCUUUUCCAAUCAGUAAAACGACACUGGUGUUUGGGUUGCAACGAGUCAACAUCGGACCGAGCUAAGGGAAGGAGCCAUCGUCGUUGUUUUCCAGCGUAGUGGCGCAACCCCGAAAAACGUUUAAGCCUUGAGCCUCAAGUUGAGUUGCUGCGACGUCGAUACCUGUUGAAACUCUCCCAAGGGGAACGGAUUCUGGUGCGGCAUCGUGUGUCUCUGUGUGCUCUGUGAGUUUGUUUGCCAGCGGUCCUGUGAACUGUGAAGAAGGACUUUGGGGUGCGCUAGGGAGUCCAUCUGGGGGCCUCGAGAACGGCCGGUGUACAAGAAGUUAAGUUUUUGUGUCCACACAAAACUCGUCCAUCUCGGUGACAUCGACGGCGAGCGACACUUUGUGUUUGAUUUAGGAAGGGAAUCGACUAUUAAACGUUCGGUGUGUUUAAGGUGCGGAAGUGAAUAGCCCCCCAGAAGGGGUCCAAGAAUAUUACCAAACUACUCCGUUUUCUGCACAUGGUGUACCCGAGGAAGUGGAUUGUGUGAUUGCCGUCCUACUGACGACCGAGUACGGGAGGAUGUUUGUGUGUUCCUCAAUUGUUUGUGUUUAUUAUUGAACUUCGAAUUACAUAGGCUGAUGCAGUUCCCUUCUGUUUUGGAAGCCGAAGGAAUACGUCGGAAUGAUAACGCUAGACAGUGUGUGAACUAAUAAACAAAGCGAAAUUGAACCUUGAUAACCAGUCAGUGUAGUAUUGGAGUGAUAAACAAUUUCGGUGAUGGCAUUCAGGAAUGUGAAACGCUCGGUAUGAGCGAUUGAAACCGAGGGAUGAUUGAACUGUUGCUCACAGACAACUGUUUUAAAUGAGACGAUUUUGAUUGAUGUAUACGAGCGCGGCUUAGACAAAGUUUUCAAGUGAUAACAUAGCGUAGACUACAGUGCAGUGAAAAUGCAAAAGCUCUAUCCGGAAACAUCGAUCAACAGCAGUAUGGCUGGUGGAAACAUGAGUCCGAUGGCGUCUACAUACAGUAUGAACAGUAUGGGCAUGACGGUGGGUGGAAUGACUUCGGUUUCACCGCAAGGUGGAUCUUACGGUGCUGGAGUGCUUGGAAGCCCAGGGAUGCCAGGAAUGGGAGCCGCUAUGAACACCAUGUCCAGUCAAUGCCUUUCAUCGGCUCCGAUUGGAUACAGUUCUAUGGGGUCACCAAUAACCAACAUGGGUUCCUGUAUGGGAGGCAACGGUAUGAGCUCGAUGGCUGCGAUGUCCGGAUAUUCCAGCGUAGCUGGUAGUCGAGAAGUGCUUGGUGAUCCUGGAUCUCCGAAUUCAGCAGCUCUCCAGCGAGUGAGAACAGAAAAACCUACGGCAGCUUUCCGACGGAAUUACACUCACGCAAAACCGCCAUACUCAUACAUCUCCCUCAUCUCAAUGGCCAUCAAGAACAACCCACAUCAAAUGCUUACUCUAGCGGAAAUAUAUCAGUUUAUUAUGGAUCUGUUUCCAUUCUAUAGACAGAACCAACAGCGAUGGCAAAAUUCAAUCCGACACUCGCUUAGCUUCAACGAUUGCUUCGUCAAAGUGCCCCGAACUCCGGACAAACCCGGUAAAGGUUCCUUCUGGACGUUACAUCCUGACUCUGGUAACAUGUUUGAGAACGGAUGUUAUCUUCGGCGGCAGAAGCGCUUCAAGGAUGAGAAGAAAGAGAUUUUGCGUUCGAUGCACAAGAGCCCAGCGCACAGUAUGGAUGCUACUAGUCCGGAUAAGAAAGACCCUCAUGAUGAUCAUCAUCACCAUCACCGAGACCACUCUAACCACAAACUGACCGUAGAUUCUCACGGAAUACUGAAUACUGGCCACGGCAAGGAUACCGACGCGCUUGCGAUGCUGCAUGCUACCGCUGACCUUUGUCUGGCUCAGCAGUCGCACUCUCAGCACGCACCCCAUCACCAGCAGCUUCAGCAAGAGGAAUUGUCUGCCAUGGUGAAUCGAUGCCAUCCAUCGCUACUCAGCGAUUACCACUCGAUGCACCUCAAGCAGGAACCUCCCGGUUACACGCCCUCUAGUCAUCCGUUCUCCAUCACCCGAUUACUACCGACGGAGUCCAAGGCUGACAUCAAGAUGUACGACAUGAGUCAGUACGCCGGCUACAACGGCCUUAGCCCUCUACAGAACUCGCACGCGGCAGCCGCCGCCCUAGGGCAGGACUCGUACUACCACCAGAGUCUCGGUUACCACCACGCAUCAGCCGGAACCACCAGCUUGUGACAUCAGUACCCGUUGGCAUAAGUGAAACUUAGGAACUACUACGGUUGCUACGGAGCCAACGGUAACAGCAGCGUUCAUCAGUCCAACAUCAGCAGUAACGGAAACAACGGUAAUUCUAUCAGUAGAUCAUCCUGUAGUAGCAGUGCCGACGCUGACCCUAAUUUCCCAUUCUGAAUCCAGACUUCGAGACCGCUUGAAACGAAUCCUCCUACGCUCCUCUCCAGAAACACCCAAACACGACCGGAUCAGCGAAACAUUGUUUACAGGCGGCGUCAAAAUAAACAGUGAAAAGUUUACACCUAACGCUUUUAGUAAUAUUUUGCCAAAUUUUGCCGAGCUGAAGGGUCCAGCAAAAUUUUUUGCUGAAGUUUCAGCAAAGUUUGCUGAAUUUCAGCAAAACGAUACUGGUGAUCAGCAGAGUUCACUGAACAAAUCAGCAAAACUUUGCUGAAUAUCAGCAAUUUUUUGCUGAAACCUUCAGCUCGGAAAAAUUCAGCAAAAUUUUGCUGAAAUCCUUAAUCGAUUUCGGGUGUGUACGGUAGAUUAGGUUUCCUUGAUGGCCAAAUUAUUCUUUCAAAAGGUUUUGCUGUGGUGUAUUCGGAGGUGUCAGACUUUGAGGUAAAUUGUCUCUAUUGUUCUGCUACUGGUUUCGCUCUCUGUUCUCAAUUAUCAACACGUUCGUUUAGUCUUCUUCAUGUUCUAGUUGAAGACACCGUUGCUUAUUGCUUAUAAUCCAAGGCCGCUUCAGUAAUUCGGAAAUCUAGCUUCGCUUUCAUUCCGACCCAGUCUGUCCCCGGUCAAAAAGAAGCAACGCACUGAAAACCGGUAUUCAGAAACAAGUGCUCGUCGGUCGGUCGUGCUCAUGAUUUCGGAUCCACACGCGUUCCGCCUCGCCAAAAUGUCUCGAAAGGUUCGUCCACCCGGACAGGCACACUUCCGUGCGUCGUCAAAACGAUCAAUGCUGGGCUCGCCGUGUGCUCUCCGAGAGGCUUAUUUGUCUUUUGUAAGUGUGUGCUUUCGUUC